CUGAAAGCAAGUGGACAAAUGUAAAACAACGUCUAGUUGUGUGAAGCAAUUGAUCCACUCGCAUCCCAAGAGGUGAAAAUGAAGAUCUUCAUUUUGGCCUUAGUUUUGCAUAUGACUCGUGCUCAAUAUGACCCACACAUGAAACAUGGGAGGACGUCCAUAGUUCAUUUAUUUGAGUGGCGCUGGGCUGACAUAGCGGAGGAAUGUGAGCGGUAUUUAGCACCCAAUGGUUUUGGUGGGGUUCAGAUCUCCCCUCCCACUGAGAGCAUUGUCCUCUCAAAUCCCUGGCGGCCGUGGUGGGAGAGGUACCAGCCAAUCAGCUACAACCUGUGCUCUCGAUCAGGAAGCGAGCAAGAAUUGAGAGACAUGGUCACCAGGUGCAAUAACGUUGGGGUGAAUAUCUAUGUCGAUGUGGUCAUCAACCACAUGUGUGGAGCUAGUGGGGGUGAAGGCAAGCAUUCAUCUUGUGGCACAUACUUUAAUGCCCACAAGCCCGACUUCCCCUCCGUGCCCUACUCCUCCUGGGACUUCAAUAAUGAUAAAUGCAAGACGAGCAGCGGUAAUAUUGAGAGCUACCAUGACAUUUUCCAGGUGCGGGACUGUCGGCUGGUCAGCCUCCUGGACUUGAACCUGCAGAAGGACUAUGUACGUGGGAAGGUGGCAGAGUACAUGAACACUCUGAUUGACAUGGGUGUGGCUGGAUUCAGGGUAGAUGCCUGCAAGCAUAUGUGGCCUGGGGACUUGAAGGCUGUGUACAGCCAGCUCCACAGCCUCAACACAAACUGGUUCCACAUCAACUCACAGCCUUUCAUCUACCAAGAGGUUAUUGACCUUGGUGGGGAACCCAUUACUGCAAGUGAGUAUACUGGACUGGGUCAGGUCACAGAAUUCAAGUACAGCGCCAAACUGGGAACAGUCAUCCGCAAAAUGUAUGGUGAAAAGAUGGCCUAUCUGAGGAACUGGGGUGAAGGCUGGGGAUUCAUGUCCUCGGACAAGGCUUUAGUGUUUGUGGACAAUCAUGACAACCAGAGAGGCCAUGGAGCAGGAGGUAGCUCAGUUAUCACCUUCUGGGACCCCAGAAUUUACAAAAUGGCCAUGGGUUUUAUGCUGGCCCAUCCAUAUGGAGUAACCAGGGUGAUGUCUAGCUUCCGCUGGGAUCGUCACAUUGUGGAUGGAAAGGACCAGAAUGACUGGAUGGGACCCCCAAGCUACUCAAAUGGUUCCACAAAGCCUGUCCCCAUCAACCCGGACACCACCUGUGGGGACGGCUGGGUGUGCGAGCACAGAUGGCGCCAGAUCAGAAACAUGGUCAUUUUCCGUAAUGUUGUCAACACCCAGCCAUUCUCACACUGGUGGGAUAACGGGAGCAACCAGGUUGCUUUUGGCCGUGGAAACCAUGGGUUCAUUGUCUUCAAUAAUGAUGACUGGCCUCUUGACAUGACUCUGAACACCGCACUGCCUGGUGGGACAUAUUGUGACAUCAUCUCUGGUCAGAAGGAGGGCAACCAUUGCACCGGCAAGCAGGUGACCGUGGGCAGCGAUGGGCAAGCUCACUUUAUAAUCAAUAACAUGGAUGAGGACCCGUUUAUUGCCAUCCACGUGGACUCCAAAUUGUAACCAA